AUAAACACUCUGGUAGAAAAGCAAUCGCGGAUAGCUACGGCUGCAGAGCUUUCAGAUCGAUAUGGUGUAUGAUGGUGGCCCCACUCCGAAAUCGCGCUUAAAGCCGGCCACUGUCAUCAAAGCACUUCUGUUUCGCGCGGUCCGCAGUAUCACGGUGUGUUAGCAGGAAAUCCGAAUCGCAGCUGCAGGAUUUAAUUUGCUGUCCGGCCCGAAUACGCGCGGUAUCAUUGUUAUCUUUCAAUUUGAACACUUGUGCAGUGCUUAAAUUCUCGCGCGGUACAUUGUUUAAUAGCAAGCGAGGGAGGCUAAUCAGUUUAAGGACUUUGGCAAGGAGAUGAUUGACUACGUAGCCAGUUAUCUUGAGAAUGUAAGAGAAAGACGAGUUCUUCCAACAGUGGAACCUGGAUACUUGCGGCCUUUGAUUCCAGAAAAAGCCCCAGAUAAACCGGAUAAAUGGCAGAAUGUUUUGGCAGAUGUGGAGAAAGUCAUCAUGCCAGGUGUAACACACUGGCAUUCACCUAGAUUUCACGCGUAUUUCCCAACGGCCAAUUCGUAUCCAGCCAUAGUCGCAGAUAUUCUGAGUGGUGCAAUCGCGUGCAUCGGUUUCACUUGGAUCGCAAGUCCAGCAUGUACAGAAUUGGAAGUGGUGAUGAUGGACUGGCUUGGCCAGAUGUUGGGCCUUCCGGACGAGUUCUUGGCAAAAUCUGGAGGCCGAGGAGGCGGUGUGAUACAAGGCACAGCUAGUGAAGCCACGUUGGUAGCACUGCUUGGAGCCAAGGCGAAAGCUUUGGCCAGGGUUAAGAAGGAGAAGCCCCAUAUGUCGGAUGCUGAGAUUGUUGGAAACUUGGUUGCAUAUGCUUCAGCACAAAGUCAUUCAUCUGUGGAACGAGCAGGACUAUUGGGUGGAGUAAGAAUGAGAGCACUAGAAUCUGACGAGAACAACAAACUUCGUGGUGAAACCUUAGAGAAAGCAAUUAAAGAAGAUUUGGAGGCUGGAUUGAUUCCUUUUUUUGCUGUGAAUACCUUAGGGACAACUUCAUCAUGUGCAUUCGAUCGACUUGAUGAACUGGGACCAGUUUGUAACGAGUACAAUUUGUGGCUUCAUAUUGAUGCUGCUUAUGCUGGAUCUGCCUUUGUUUGUCCCGAAUACAGAUAUCUGAUGGCAGGCAUCGAGAAAGCAGAUUCGUUCAACUUCAACCCCCACAAAUGGUUGCUGGUGAACUUUGACUGUUCAGCAAUGUGGCUGAAGGACCCGUCAUGGCUGGUCAACGCGUUCAAUGUGGAUCCGCUCUAUUUGAAACACGAGCAACAAGGCUCUGCCCCUGACUACCGACACUGGCAAAUUCCCCUCGGCAGGAGAUUCAGAGCUCUGAAGUUGUGGUUCGUCCUGAGAUUGUACGGGGUUGAGAACCUCCAGGCUCAUAUCAGGAAGCAGAUUGGGCUUGCUCACUAUUACGAGUCCUUAGUCAGGACAGACGACAGAUUCGAGAUCACCGAAGAAGUCCUGAUGGGCUUGGUAUGCUUCAGACUAAAAGGAACCAACGAACUAAACGAGGCUUACAUCAAAAGAAUCAAUGGAAGAGGACUAAUACACUUAGUACCGUCCAAGAUUAGAGACACCUUCUUCCUUAGAUUGGCUAUUUGCUCCAGAUUCACUGAGAAAGCUGAUAUUGAUGUAUCUUGGAAGGAGAUCAAGGAUACUGCUGACGAAAUAUUGAACAACAAUCACUGCAACAACCAUAAUCAUGUUAACCACAAAUAAGGGAGGUUACCUAUUAUGAGCUAAGGAUAUUGUAUUAUAAUGGAUUAUUUAUUCAAGUUUAGCUAAAAAGAUCACUGCGUGUUGUUAUAGAUAUGACAAUAAAAUACAGUAAGUUAUGAGAUAAGGAUAUAAGGAUUCUAUAGAAUAUUAAAUAUACAGGGUGUAAACGUUAUGAUAGUCAUUAUUUAAAUGGGUGAUAGAGGGGGUUAAAAGAAGCAAAAAGUUUCAUAUAACAUGGGGGUCAAAACGGCGUUUUUUUUUAGAGAAAAACGACUUUAAAGUAAUAUAAAAUCUGACGCCGUAAUGCCAGACGCAAAUUACGACGGAACGCAGUAUAAAUAAAGAUGGAGUUUGUUAUUUUGGCUCUUAGCUAUUAUUUCAUUAUUUGAUAAUGUACUCGUAAAAUGCAAACAAUUAAAAAAAACGGACUUACCACUAACUGUCUCGGCGCUUCACAUGGUGUGUGAAAGUUUAUUGAACGUAUUAAAAAAUCCACUUAUAAAUAGGGAACACAAUUUUGAUACAUACAUUGUUUUUAUUUUUAAAACCUACACUACACUUUUUUGUAUUUAAAGAAGGUGUUCAAAAUGUCGUCCUCCACUUUCCACACAAGCUUCAUUACGAUGAAGCCAGUUUGUUCUUACUCUAGGUCCUCGAAGUUGUCCAUUUAUUAUUUCAGCCGCAUUAAAAUGUUUUUCGCGAAGUUGUGCUUCAGUUGUUAUUGGACCAGCCCCAUAAACCAUCCCUUUAAGUUCUUUUUUUUUUUUAUACUCCAGCUUCCACGAAGGCCUAAGGCCUAAGCACCCAUUGGGUACCGUGGGGCUAUGGGGGAUACAUGGGAAAGGGGGGACGCCACACGGACUCUGGGGAGGGAACACGUGUGCAUGCAACAUGCACACAUUCUGGCUCCGCCUACGAGAACCGCCGGGUGGUACCUCCGCGUUCGACAGUCAGAGACCAUCUACCACCUACGGACAAUCACAACAUCCAUGGCCAAGAGAAACAUUUCUCCUGGGACGGGACUCGAACCCGCACAGCGCACGGCGGCUGAUCAGGAGACCGAAGAGUCUACUACUGCGGCCACCGCUGCUGCCUAAAACAAACACACAACAUCCAUGGCGAAGGCGAGAUUCGAACUCGCGGCCCGGCCGGCCGGCUGAUCAGUAGCACGACACUCUGACCCACGCGGCCAACCGAGGUCCCCAAUACCAGAAAUCCAUCGGAUUAAGAAAGGAGAUCUUGCUGGCCUAUUUUUGGAGCUGGAGCAUUUCGACCGAUCUAGCGAUUUGGAUAAUAUUCAUUCAAAUACUGAAUGACGCCUCUAAAAGUGUGUGGUGGUGCCCCGUCAUGAAAGAAACCAACCAAAUUCUAUCUCCGUUGUAAUGGCAUGUUGUCUAAGGUCUGUUCCAAGAGUUCUGGUAGAUUAUUGGCUAGAAAGCUAAGGUAUCCUUCUCCUGACAACUUUGGGGGUAACUCGAAAGGGCCAAUCACACUGAUCGUCAGAAUACCCACCUAAAUAUUUAUUUUAAAACGUUGUUGGAAAUGACCUUCACGAAUGAUAUGAGGAUUUUCUUGGGCCCACGUGUGGGUAUUAUGGAAAUUUAAUAUCCCGUCUUGCGUAAAAGUACAUUCGUCCGUCGCUAGAAUGUUUUAAAAAAACGGAUUUUCAAUGUUUUUGUGCAGAAACCACUGGCAGAAUGUUAGUCUGCGAGGAUAGUCUUCUGGUAACAAGGCCUGCACUCGUUGUACAUGGCAGGGAUAUAGCAAAAUUUUCCCGCAGGAUUCUAUGGACUAUGGUAUGCGAUAGUCCUACGCGGCGGCCUAAUUCCCGAGUGCUGAUAUCUGCAUUGAUUUCCACGAUAUUUAAAAUUUAUUCCUCCUGCUCUACAGUAACCUGUCUUUCAGGAGUACGAAUAUUAGUGAGCUGAACACUUCCUGUAUCUUGAAGUCUUUGGUACACUUGAACAAAUGUCCUUCUGUCUGGGUGUACCCGUUGGCGAAAUCUGUCGCGAUACAUUUGAGCUGCAAGAUUUGAAUUCUGACGAGCUUCACCGUAGACUAACAACAUGUCGGCGAGUGCUUGAUUCGAGAACAUUUUAAAUAAACACGACGACGUACGCGAACAAUAACUAACCACUGUUACCGUUUGCGAAAAACUUAAUGCCAUUUAUUUGUUAAUUACCCAAUUUAAAAAAUGUUUUAGAUUAGAUUAUAAAAAUUAGUAAGAUUGUGGUGAUUGUGGUCGAUAUAAGUUGUAAACUAUAAAGCCAUUUAGUCAAAAAUCUUUCGACUUUUGGACCAUGGGUCAUAUGAACUUUUUGACUUGUUUUAACCCCUCCUAUUACCCAUUUCAAUAAUGACUACCAUAACGUUUACACUCUGUAUAGCUUGUAAAUUAGAGGUAAUCAACGAGAGUUAUCCAAUACUUUUUAAUCAUAAAAGGUAUUGUCUGAGUUACCUCUUACAGCUAAAGUUAAGUACUACUUGCUUCCCAUCAAACAAUACAAAAUUUCUCUACGCUCUAUGCUUUUAAAAUUAAAUAAAUUUUCAUGGAUAUUAUAAAGCAAUCGUUAGAAGGAUGAUUUAGUGUAAUAUGAUGUAUGUUUUGACUUUAUUAUUUAAUCUCAGGUGUUUAAAAGUUACUCCAAACAAACGAUUGAUAUGUGCUAUGGAAAAUACUUAAAAUGUAAAUAUAUAGAAUAUUAUUGAGGAAUGGACCAAUAUUGAUAACGCAAUACAAUGAAAUGUACUCCAUAAAAGAUAAAUAUAUUCUGUAUGAAGUAUA